AUGAAAACAUACAGGUACACAGCGAUGGCCACAGUCCAGAAAAAGGAGCUGGUGUUGGCGAAAGUGGAUACAGCUCCUUGAACGAUGCAGUCCAGCGAGUCGGUGUGGAAAACUCUCCAGACCCCGUAGGCGUACGAGACCGCGGACAGCCAGUCAGACACCGAGAGGUAGACCAGGAGCCUCCUCGGAGUUGUCCUCAAGUCUUUGAAUAUGAAGAAGUCAGGAGGAACAACAAGUCAAGGCAUGUUCCAACACGCCACCAACAGCCAGGCCGGGUGCAUGAGCCUGCUCCUAGACCAGAGGGGGAGGAGCAGAGGAUCAGAGAGGGGGGAAACCCAGAAAAAAAGCCCAGCAUGACUCAGCCUGCUUCAGUCGGUAUACCAAGCUCACAUGGUCAGCUCAUCAAAGAACUGGCCUCUCUUAGAGGUUUGGAUAUGACUGAAUAUGGGGGAUACAACACCUUCAUCCACCACAAUCAAGAGAGUAUGGUCUGGCAGGGGAAGAUGGCGCCGCUGCCAGUUUCCAUUCUGGGCGAGUCCCACGCUGAGCUGGUGGACGCACACUUGUCUUACGGAGGCAGCAGAGAGAGCCUGGACCACGUGAGAGCCUGUAUCCGCCAUCUACCAAACCACUGUGUGAGGGACGAGAAAGGCUGGCCCCAGUCCUGGAUGCUGUCUGACGAGCUGUGUGAGCUGAGGAUGGCUUACACCCUACCAGAAUACAGACGGGCCGGUCACCUCCUGGCUCUGUCUGUGGCUCAGAUCCGCAGCAUGAGCUCUGCGGGCCUGCCUGUCUACUGCCACGGCAACCAGCAGAACCAGGCCAUGAUUAACGCUGUGACCUCGCUUGGCUUUUCUGCCUGUCCUGGUAUGGAGAACAUCUCAGUGCUGCUGAUAUGCAGGACAGAGUGUAAGCAGCCAAUUAAUGAAGUCUGCUGGAUGAUUGACCCCACACUGGCAGGAAAAGAUGUUUUAUGGUAAGAGGAAAAUGUAACACCCUCUCUCCUUCUUCUAUGAUUCCUGUUUCCUUACAGAGCUCAGGGAAUGCUGUGCUUUAGACAGCUUAGUCCGUCACUGACAGCAAACUGCAAGUAGAACAAACUCAAAAUAACAAUUUCUGUGGCCUUAGGGUGGCUUUGAUGGAUAUGCCAGACAUGCUGCUAUUUCUCACUCGCUUAGAAAAUGUAUAGAAAUAUCCCUCAGUUUAAGACCAAUGCAAAUCGGUCUUUAGUUUGACACAGUGGCGUGUUCUGCACUGCUUUUCUUGAACAAAAAGACUCCUUAAUCUGCAGAUCACCAAAGAAGGCUCUCCUCCACCUGGGACCCCUCCCUGGAGGUGUGCUGUUCCACUGCUGAUUGCCUCUCUGUAUUUUAGCAGCAAUGCACCAUUCAAGUCUGCAGGCAAACUUGACAAAUGAGCAGGGAUCUGAGCGGAGGGGAUACUCGUACUGCACCACACAUCCUGUCCCAUCCACAUCCCCCUGUCCCGCAGUGGUGCACCUCUCUCUACUGAUGCCCUUUCCUUUCUCUAAACCAGCAAGAGCUCCUUUCAAAGUCACACAAGUACAAAACACGCUAAAUGCACAUUUGCUGAUGCGUGUGCAUAAAAACGCGGCUGUAAGAGUAAGUCUGUUAACACACGUUCAUUUCUAGUGAUGCGUCUUAACUAAACUUAUGUAUAAAUUCAAACUUAGGAUGCACCAAUUAAUAAUCCAAACCCUUAAUUAUUAAUCCCUAAUGAUUAAUGUGUUAACUUCAAUAAUAAGGGAGAAUUACAAUUCCAAUCCUGGUAUCCGUUUAAAUGAUUAUUAAAGUAUGUUUGGAAACUUGUGAAUGGGACUAAAACAAUUAUUUGAUUAUCAGAUUUGCAGCUUUCAUGAUAAAUGAUUGUUAAAGCCACAGUUAACUGGAUAAAGCAAAAACAUUUGCUUCUCCCAGCUUGUGCAUUCAGAUGAUUUGCUGCUUUAUCUGUUUUAAUAUAAUUUUUAAUUGAAUAUAAUUUGAUUUUAAGACUAUGAGUUGGAAAAAAAAAGACAUUAUUAUUGUCAGCUUUGACUCUUGGAAACUGCAUUUAUUAUUUGAUGACAGUUUCAGACUAAAUAUUUUAUGAGGAAAUGGAAGAUAAGAUGAUAAUAAAACUGAUGGUGGUGUCAGCACAGCUUGUACAUUCAGUGUGGUGAUAUCUGCAAAACAAAAAGAACAAAUGUGAUUUUUAUACAAAAUUGUUUCUAGCAGAUCAUUCUUGCUAAGAAGUUUCCUCUAAAAAAACAGUCAUUGUACAUGUAACACUUUAAAAUGAGAAUGUUUCGUC